GUGAUGUCGGGACGUGGUAAAGGCGGGAAGGGCUUGGGUAAAGGGGGCGCCAAGCGCCACCGCAAAGUCCUGCGGGAUAACAUUCAAGGGAUCACGAAACCUGCAAUCCGUCGCCUGGCUCGUCGCGGUGGAGUAAAGCGCAUCUCAGGUCUUAUUUAUGAAGAGACCCGCGGGGUUUUGAAAGUGUUUCUGGAGAACGUAAUUCGGGACGCGGUCACCUAUACGGAGCAUGCCAAGCGCAAGACUGUCACGGCCAUGGACGUGGUCUACGCGCUCAAGCGCCAGGGACGCACCCUUUACGGAUUUGGCGGUUAAGACGUAAUGGCGCGUACAAAGCAAACCGCUCGUAAGUCGACUGGCGGCAAAGCGCCGCGCAAGCAGCUGGCCACCAAGGCGGCCCGGAAGAGCGCGCCGGCCACGGGCGGCGUGAAGAAGCCGCACCGCUACCGGCCCGGUACGGUGGCCCUGCGUGAGAUCCGCCGCUACCAGAAGUCCACGGAGCUGCUGAUCCGCAAGCUGCCGUUCCAGCGCCUGGUGCGCGAGAUCGCGCAGGACUUCAAGACCGACCUGCGCUUCCAGAGCUCGGCCGUCAUGGCGCUGCAGGAGGCGUGCGAGGCCUACCUGGUGGGGCUCUUCGAGGACACCAACCUGUGUUUCUUCUCUACCAUGUCUGGACGCGGCAAGGGCGGGAAAGGCCUGGGAAAAGGGGGAGCUAAGCGUCACCGCAAGGUUCUGCGUGAUAACAUCCAGGGCAUCACCAAACCCGCCAUCCGCCGUCUGGCCCGGCGUGGCGGUGUGAAGCGCAUUUCCGGUCUCAUCUACGAGGAGACCCGCGGGGUGCUGAAGGUGUUCCUGGAGAACGUGAUCCGGGACGCCGUCACCUACACCGAGCACGCCAAGCGCAAGACUGUCACCGCCAUGGACGUGGUCUACGCGCUCAAGCGCCAGGGACGCACUCUCUAUGGCUUCGGCGGCUAA